GCGCAGCAAGUCACGGGCACGUUGUAGCGUGACGGGUCACACUUCAGCACUGCUACUCAUUCUCACGUAUUUUAGCUGCACUUCGAUUGUGUGUAGAGUGUGAAACUGUAAGGGCGCAUUGCAUUGGUCCCGAGGCAUACAAAAUACGCGUACAUAGCAACGUACUGCGUGCGGAUAUCACUAUCCGCACUCGUUGCUUUUCGUCGUCGAGCGCGUACCACGGAGUGAAUAAUUUCGCGUCGCGCUUAUCGCGAUCUAGUCGAAGUGUACGUCGCCCGCUGGAAAAACAUUUGAAUACCCUUGGUUGAUCCGUCCACGCCUGGGCUACACCAAGCCAACGACGACGAGUAAACCGUACAAUCCCUGCAGCAAGACGGGCGUGCACGACAUCCUGGACGCGAUGAGCGAUGAUGAUCGGGACAUCGAUGUUGACAGUGAUGAUGGGGAAGAUUCUGAUUCAAGGCAGUUACGGCAAGGUGGAGGCAACCAAUACUAUUCACAGGCGGAUAAGCGGGCCCAUCACAACGCGCUGGAGAGGAAGCGAAGGGAUCACAUCAAGGACAGUUUUAGUAGCCUAAGAGAUUCCGUGCCCGCUCUCAAUGGUGAAAAAGUAAGUGCGAGUCGCGCACAAAUUCUGAAAAAGGCCGCUGAAUACAUUCAGCACAUGCGAACGCGUAACUCCGGCCACCAGCAGGACAUCGAAGACCUACGAAGGCAGAAUAUUCUACUAGAGUCGCAGAUACGCAAGUUAGAAAAGGCCAAAUCGACGGGAACAUUCAUCGAUGGCGACCUUAAGAACGAGUACGCAGAAUCGGAGUCGGACACGUCCGACAUGGAGGAUUCAGCCAAUCAAAAACAGGCGAAGAAGAUGAAGAUUGCUUAUCACUAGCCGACCGGCGGCUGUAACAACGCGUAGACGCAACCGAGUACUCUUGCAGGCGUUCGGGAGUAUUGCGGGUUGCGUCCUACGUCAGCCGCCGCUACCUGCGUCACUAAUCUACAAGCAAACGAGUAUCAUGGCUGCAGGAUACUGCAAGUACAACUUACUCAACUUGAUUACUGUGUCGUGCAAUGAGCAGUAUUUCACCACGUAGCUAGGUAAACAAAUGAAACAAAAAAAGUUAAACGAGCAAAGUGCAAAUACUUCAUCGGCUACUCUUCGUAUUGCGCGGGCGACGAGUCACAAUGAUGUUGAAUAAAAAUUUUGUUUUAGUCAAAAUUGAUUUUUAAAGAAUAUGAUCGGAAUAGAAAUAUAUUUAUAUUUAUCUGUUUUGUUUUGGUUUGACGAUGACAACGGCUACUGAAAUUCAACGCGCAAAAGAGACUUUAAGUUAUUUAGUGAAAUCAUGUAAAUGUUACGUUUCAUUUUCUGUAUCUCUCUCGUAUCUCGUCAAAACACUUAUUUUUGUUAUGUAUAGCGUGUAAGCAUAAGUUUGAUGUAAUAAAUUAUACAAGUUUUAA